ACUUUCCUGCCUCUGUUGUGUGUGCGCGCAUCUGUGAUUCUCCACCCUUCUCAGCAAUCUCCUGCGAGGCUGAGCACUACGUAGAAAGACUAGAAUACCAUUAUCAUCGUCAGUUCAGACAUUAGAUUCGGAGAAGCGAAGGACAAGAAGGGAGGGGUGAGAGUGUGUUUGUGAGGGAGAGAGAGAGAGCGAGCUGGCGACCGCAUGCACGGUGUUGCGGGAUUCCGUUAAUACUAGCCACUAGUGCGUUUUUUUACCCAAAGACGUUGGCAAAUACACAAUAAGAAGGACAGAUUGCGUAUCACCAACCGGUCUGCAAUAAUGGAAGGAAUGGCAUAUGGAGCCGGGAAAGCGGGCGGAGCGUUCGACCCCCAGACCUUCUUUCGACAGCCAUAUACGAUAUUAAGAAUGGUGUCAUGGGUGUUCUCCAUUGUAAUCUUCGGCUCCAUCGCUAAUGAAGGCUACGUGAACCGUCCGGAUGAAGUGGAAGAGUUCUGCAUAUUCAACCGGAACCAGAAUGCCUGCAACUAUGGCGUGACCAUGGGAACGCUGACCUUCCUGACGUGUUUGGCAUUCCUCGCCCUUGAUGUCUACUUCCCACAGAUCAGCAGCGUCAAGGACCGAAAGAAGGCAGUGCUGGCCGAUCUAGGAGUGUCAGCUUUCUGGUCAUUCAUGUGGUUUGUGGGCUUCUGCUUCCUAACCAACCAGUGGCAGGUAACCAAACGAGAAGACAACCCUUUGAAUGAAGGAGCCGACGCAGCGCGGGCCACCAUCACAUUUGCCUUCUUCUCAAUCUUCACCUGGGGAGUCCAAACCUACAUGGCUGUAGAAAAACUACAGAAUAUUACUUUUGAGGAAGAGUACAAUAAACUUUUCCCUCAGGCGGCCCCCUGAUGACUUAACCAUCACCCCCUUUUCCCUCUCCAGUUUGACACCUUGGUGUGGACCAGGCCCGACUUUAACGAAAAGACGAAAAGAGCAGUGGUGUGGAUGUACUGUAUGUAUGUAUGUAUGUAUGUAUGUAUGUAUGUGAGUGCUGCUGGACUGUCUGCCCACCUCCCACCAUAUAACGUGGGGCAUAAAGUGAAUUAAAGGCGCGUGUGAAGGGGAGAAGAAUUUAGGACACAGACCACACCGAGGUUCCUGCUGCUUUAUCUGGAAAUUUCUCUGUGCUUUGCGCUACUUUCUGUUGCCUGUCUGUUAUAUUUUUUUCAAUGAUAACCUUAGACGCCCCCACUGCUGCCCCCUUAACAAUGUAAAUUGUCUACUGAUUUGAUUUGCAGCUUUUUGUUCUCAUUAUUUAAAGAGCAAAUACAACGUGAGCCCAAACCCUUAAUAUAUACCAUGAAGACGCUUGUCUUGUGGAGGGCAAAGUGAUGACGACUGUUCCUGGCUGAGGGGAUACAAAUAGAUUUUAUGUUACAUAAUCCAUACGGCAACCCUUCCCAAAAAUAGCUCAGGAUAUAAAUAUCAUUGAAUAUUUCAGGGAAAAAUUACAUUCAGAAUUAAACUGGUGAGAAAACUUCCUAGACCGGGAAUUUGAACUGUCGAGAAAAGGAUUUCGUUUUAUUGGGGGACACGGCAAUGCAGGGAAUAACAUUAAUGGGGACCGACGACAGAAAUGAUAUCUGAGGGGUAUUUUUGCCUUUUUCCAUCAUAUAUUGAAUUGUUGAGGGAUUUAUAGCUGACCAGUAAGAAAUCGCCUCUCCAGAGUUAGCGGUGGGCUAAAAGUCUUGUGAGCCCAUUGGGAGAAACCGAAAAUUCCAGUUACCUGCUGCAAAAAUGUCUGACAUUGUCUCAACCCAGGGUUACCAGUGUCGUUCUGUCAUGUGUGACUGUUAUAAUAUUAAAUGAAUCCUUAUUGUUCUCCUCUUUUUGUGUCCAGACUCUUUGGGGGAGGUUUGUCCAGCACUGCAAAGACAUUAAGCAUAUGCAGUAUUAUACAGGGCCCUCCAUAAUCCUUGAUUCUGACGAGAUUAACUUAACUUUCGUUUAAGGGGAUUUGCAUGCAUUUCAGUCACACAACACUUUUUCUACAUGUCAACCCCCCCAGAAUAAUGUAAUAAUCAACACCGUUAGUUUAAAUAAUCAACAGAAUAAACAUAAAUGAGAUUCAUGAGCCCCAGCCAGGGGAGGAACCCUGGAUGAAACGGGACAACCCUUCAAAUGGGCAACAGCUCCAUCAAGUGGCACGUUAUUGACCUGCAGAAAAAAGGGAGAGCCCGCGAUACUUUAGAAAUGUGAAACUGUGCUGGCAAGUUGUUACAAAGUCCCCUGCGGUUUCUUAAUCUGAUAUCCUCCGGCGCCGAGAUCGGCAAUCUACAGUUGUCAAGUUUUGCAUGUAACGCGACGUUGGCUUAAACAGGACACAUCCCUUAGAGUUUUGCUCACCUCCUGCGUAGAAGGUCAUUAUUAUUAAAUAUCUGGCUGAUAGCUUCCUCUAAGUGCAGGAGAUGGGACAACUGUUUAUAAAUAAUAUCAUGACGGACAUGAAGCCACACCAUGGGGAUGGAGCCGGCAAUUGAAGUGACAAUCUUUGAGCUAUGUGCGAUUCGAAUUUGAGGGUUUCCAAAUGUAAUCCUGGGUUAAAGUCACUUCUUCUACACCUUUUAUCAGUAAAGCAGAUGGUACAAUCGCUCUGCCUACCCCAGUGUUGAUUUACAUGUAUGAAUUAAAUACCCACCACUCCCGACCCCCUAUAUUCUCUUCUCCCGAAAACUGCCAAUUAUUCUGUGGAGGAUUUGCUUCCAGCAGGUAGGAACAGGAGGUUAGAGGGCAAGGAAUGAAAGAAUGGGAUUUGCCUUAAGAUCUUUGCACUAAUGAAUGCUGACGCCUUGGCUAAAGCUGACUAAUGUGAUUAAUUAAGGACGCUAAUCAAACUGCUUUGUGUCUUCUUUGUUUUCUCUCCCUCCCCAACCUUCUUCUUCUUUAUUUUCUCUUAUUCUUUUUAUGUGUGAGAUCUGAUCCUCAUGAUCCUCGAUAUUUCAAUGUCAAUCCAAACUGUUUACCCCAUGCAUCUACUUGUCUUGUCACUGCCAUCAUGCUUCCACUCACUCUCCCCCCAAAACUUACUGUACAACCCUCACCUCUCUUUCCUUUGCUAAUUCUUUAUACCGGUUUACCAUUCCUGAACUCUUCCUACAACUCUCACCCGCAAAACUCCUCUUCGAAACCUUCACUCUUUCCAUUCUUCAAACCUCUGCUCAUCCUUCUGCUGUAAACCUCCCUACAUCUACCAUACCCUCCACCUCUGUUCUUCUUCAACUCCUUCUGUUGUUGUGACCUUUGGUUUUCACCAUGUGGCGUCUGUCCUCCACCAUGUUGCCAUGAACCUUUUUAACUCUGGUAUUUGGUUCCCCUUUCCAUAAAACGUCUUCUUUCCCUUGUUAUGGCAUGUUCUGUUUCAACCAUCUGCUGUGCUGAACACACCCAUUUUAUGACAUACCCUGUAUUUGCUAAACAACUUCCCAUCCCUUUCUUUUUGAUGUAACCCAUCAUAUGCUUGCUGUACCUUCUCGGUUUCCUUCCAUCUUUGCAACACCUUCUUCCAUUCCCUAAUACUCUCUGAUUGUUUGCUGUAUUAUUCUCUUUCUUCACUUGUUUCUUAAACAUAUUACAUGUUCUUUGUCCCCUUGUCCCACAUUCUCUUUUUGCUUUCUCACUCACCACAUCUACUUCCUUCUGGUUUUGUGUAACCCCUGUUAUAACUUCCCUCUUUGGUAUCUCCAUAACGGCACUGUCCCCUCUCCCCCCGACUUCCACCUUUUGGUGAAACCUCAUCCAUCUUGACUCACUCUCUCUAAAUCUCACCCAUCCAUUUGCUUGUCUCCCUUCUUUAAUUCUUCAAUCAUGGCUUUUUAACCCCCCCCCCCCCUCCCCACCCCAUUUUAAACCAUACCUACCUCCAUCCCUCUCU